AAUGAAGAUAGUCGCUGUCUUCUUUAUUAAAAAUAAUCUGGCUAAUGUUUCAUAAUCACGAUGACCUUUUCUCAUUGGUGUGCAUCCACAACCUUGAAUUGCCAUUAUCUCUAUUGUUAUCGAUUAAUCUUCGAAAUAAUCAGUAGCAAACGUAAAAAGUUACCUUCAACCAGAGUCAAUGAUAAAAAUGUGAUUGUUUUUCAUGUUGACCCAGUCAAAUAAGACAAUUUCACGAUUAAAAUGAGGAUCGAGUAUGACUCUUGACUAUCACCUAAAACUAGUGCUAAAAUCUGUGUACAAUUGUGAAAUGACCUAAGUUUUCUGGCUUAUUCUCAACCGUUAUCUUUAGAAAUAUAUGUUUAUCAUUAUGUUGACGUUAUCUGGAUUAGUUAUUUCUUUUUUUGUGAAUUAUAUGCAAUCUUAAUACUCAAAUUAUUUGAAUAUGUCAAAGCUUCUAUUCAUGGCAACCAUUAGAUAAAAGCUGUUUUCAUGUUUUCUAAUCAACUUCUUGAUUAGAUCUAACUUAUAAUUAUUGGAACUGAUUUGUUAAGUCACUUUGUUUCUAUUGUCUUCACUCAACGUUAAGUCUAUUGUUUCCUCUAAAAUUUUACUAUUAUUGUUUACUGACUGCUGAUUGUCAGAUCAUUUUAACUCGUCUUGAUUGGGUAUUUACUCUGUUUCUUCACGCAAAUGGAUAUCGAUUUGAAAAGUGAACGAGAAAAGGCAUUGGAAACCGUAGAGAAGUACAAAAUGAGUGGGAAAUUACUUGCCAGAUACAACAAGUUGAUUAAUUUCAAAGGAGCUAUUGCUGCUGUUGCUGUCCCCUUGAACCCUGACGGCACCGUUAAUCAUGAAAUGUUCAAUGCGUAUACUGACCACCUUAUAUCCAUUGGAGUUGGCGGAGUAUACAUUAACGGUACAACUGGUGAAGGAUUAUCUUUGAGCGGUGCAGAGCGAAUGGCUGUCGUUCAAGCCUGGUUUCAAGCAAUUAGAACCAAAAAGCCAGAUAUGUUGGUUAUUGCUUGUAUAUCAUCAACUGUGGUUAAAGAGACAUUGGAACAAGCAAAUUUUUACGCCAUCAUGAAUGUUGAUGCUUUAGCUGUCCUGCCACCAUUUUAUCAUCGUCCGGAGACUAAUGAUUGUCUAAUUAGAUAUUUACAAUCAAUUUACAAAGCUGCGCCCAGUCUCCCUUUAAUCUACUAUCACUUUCCUGAGAUGACCAACGUUAAGCUCGAUAUUCGUAUUUUCCUUGAAGAGGCUAAACUUCGAGUUCCUAAUUUAGCUGGAAUCAAAUAUACUUGUAAAGACAUGGCUGCUAUCAGUGCUGUUGGAUAUGAUUUACGACAUAAAUACAAAAUAUUCACAGGCUAUGAAGAGUGCCUAUUACCUAUGGCUUCAAUGGGUAUUGAUGCUGGUAUUUGUGCUUUGUUCAAUUUUCGUGAGGCUGUGACAAGAUGGCAAGCUAUUUUGAAUUACUUCCCAUCAGAUUUAAAAGCUGCAAAUGAACAACAAGAUGGUAUCAAUGAUAUGAAAACAAUUUUCGCUGGUGGUAAUUUCAUCCAUAAUGUGAAAAAAGCCAUCUCAGAGGAAACCAAAGGGCUGGUAAAACUUGGUAAACCUAGGCCUCCUAUUCAUGCCCAUGAUCAAUAAUUGUCCAUUCAAAUAUUGGAAAAGUUGGAAUCAAUCUGCAAUAUAUUGAGGCAUAUUUUACAAAUUUUAAUAAAUGUUUAAAUUGUUUUACACGGGACGAAAUGGAAAAUGUUCAAUUUAAAAAAGAGCUUAAAGAAAUGUAUGAAAAUAAUCGUGUAAUUUGUCGAGCAACAAAUACAAAAUGAAGUUACAUUUUAUUUGCAA